CGAACGGGUUCUCAGUGCAGAACUGGCGGGACAGGAGUGCUGAGAUCAAGAUGAAGAAGUUUGUGGCAUUUUUCCUCUGUCUGGUCCUCUUAACUAUCCACACAUCAGUUGCAAACCCGAUCAUACAGGAGAGCGUGGCUAAGCAACUUCUGCGGACCAAGAGACAGAAGCCAGGCCACCCCGAUGAGCCAAUGAGGGAGCACUUGCUCCAUAUGCAGGUGCUGGAUCAGAGGGCCCAGGAGACCAAUCUGGAAAACUGGCUGAACCCUCACUGCUACCCUCGCUGUGACAGGAACUAUGGACACCCCGUCUAACCCUCCUCCCCAACGUGACCCCAACUUGACUCCUCACAGUCCAGGUUUGGUUGUAUGUCUACAGGGGGGUAACUUUCGAGCUUAAGCUGUUGAGGACAAGAAGGAUUAUGAUGUCGUCCAGGAAGACAAGGAUGGUGAUGCCAACAACUGUGAUGAAAAAGAUCAUGACAAUACUAAAGAUAGGAGGUUUAAGCUACUGUUAUAAAUCAUGUACUAUGUUAGAAAGCCUCAGAAUGGCCAUCAAUAGAGAUAAGCCCAUAAGUGCAUGAUCAGUUUAUUCCAGCAAUAUUAGCCUAUAGGAAACAUAAUCAGUUCAUAGUGGAUAAGUCCUCAGUUACAUUAUUUCUCAUAAUAAUGUAGAUUAUUAUGAGAAAUGCUACACAAUAUUAUGUAAAAGUAUGUUUAAAAAACUAAGAAUUUAAUACAGCAUUUAAUACAAUGAAAUACUGCUUACAAUAUUUUUUGCUCCUGAAUAAAAUACCAAAU